GUGCCGUAGCCGGGGAGGGGGAGGGGGGCGGGGGUCACGUCUGGACGUAAAGGCACCCUACGCCACUGCCGUCGUGUGCCGGCCGUUGCUUUUUGAAUCUGCCCCGCUCUGAAGCGACAUGAAGCAGUCCAGUCCAUCUAUGCUCGGCACCAGUUGUGAAAACUCUCAGUUUCUGAAGCCGUUCUACCAAAUCUUGAGCAGCCGCGAAGAAUGCGUGCGCCCAGCACUGCCUGCACUUUCCUUCAUUCACUUCAGUUGCCAAUUUGAACAGCGCAACUUGGGCGGUGACCGCGACAGGAGGCGAGUGAUCCUGCAAUUCACCUCGUCCGCCAAGCCCACGACGCCGUACAAGGUAACUCUGUGUGUCAACACUUUCCGGUUCUUCGACGUACCACUCCUCAAGACCAUCAACGUGAGUGGGUAUGUGAGGGCGGCCAUCAACUUCUUCGCGAUCUCGGGCCGUGCCAUUCCCGAAGACCUGCACCUUAAAGUCAUAGUGGUGGACAGAACCCAAGAACUCAGUCUGCUCGUUUAUCUCGCUGACAGUGGCUGUGGCAUCGGUGAUAUGUCUACCACCAAAGCUCAGGCCGCGAAUGUUGAGGACCCAGACGUUAUAGUGGACCGCGUUACGGUGUUGCUGAACUGUCCACUCCAGAGGACGAGGCUCGUGGCACCCUGCCGUGGCGCCGACUGCCGGCACAUGCAGUGUUUUGACGCCUUGGCCUACCUAAGGCUCAACGAAGCCACCAUUCGGCCCUCGUGGCGAUGCCCCGUCUGCGACAAGGACGUGGAGGUGCAAGGGCUCCGCAUGGACCCCUUCACGAUGGAGGUGCUGCGGCGAGUGGCCAAGACGUGCGACACGGUGCAGGCCUUGGGCUGGACGGCGGUCGACAAGCGUGUCGACGUGAUUUCAGUCAGUUCAGCGAGGACGCCGAGGUGGCCCAGGCCUGUCAACGCGAAGCGCGAGACGUCCGUCGUCUCCGUCGUUGAUCUGACGGAUGAUGUAGACGCGUAGGCCUGUCUAGAGGAUUUUAAUUUCACAAAAUCGGUAAAACUACACCCUCGAGUUACCCUUAUUUUUAACUAGAUGCAUAUCGCCUUUUGGGUCGAGUUUAGUUUGUACUCUAUUUUAGA